UUAACUUACGUAUCACAAACAGUUUGGAGUUACAGAUCACAAAGUUAAUAUUUAUCAGCUUAAAAAUGAGUUUACAGUGGACAUUAGUGGCAGGAUUUUUGUAUUGUGAAAUAGCUGUUAUAAUUAUACUGAUGCUGCCUUUCAUAUCUGCCACCAUGUGGCAAAGGCUGUUCAAAUCAAAGUUUAUGAGAAGUCUGGCUGCAUAUUCCAACUUUUACUUCUCUGCAUUUUUUGUAAUAUUAUUGUUGCUAUUUUUAGAUUCUAUCAGGCAAAUGCAAAAAUACUCUUCUGCAAGGGAUCAAGAAGUAGAUCAUGGCCACUUGGACGCUGAACUUCAACAAAGUAUGAAGAUGUUUAGAGCUCAGAGGAAUUGCUACAUUGCUGGUUUUGCUCUUUUUCUUGCUCCUGUAAUUCGUCGCCUUGUAUCGCUUUUGUCUACACAAGCAGAAUUGAUUGCAAGAGAAGUUGCUUCUUUGAAACAAGCACAAAAUGCUACUGAAACUGCUAAAAAGCUCAUGCAAGAAAACGAACAGAAGAAUCAACAAGAAAAUAAAGACAAUGUCCAAAAUGAAGAGUUUGAAAGUAAAAUAAAGACUCUGAAAGCUCAACUGCAAGAAAAAGAAACUGAGUUGUCAAAGGUAAAAAAAGAUCUAGAAAGUCUCCACAGUCAAGCUCAAGGAACAAAUAGGGAGUAUGAUCGAUUACUCAAGGAGCAUCGCAAACUACAGGAACAAGUUGAGAAAGGACAAGGUGAAAAGAAAACUGAUUAAAGGCAUGCACUUUUCUGAGAUAACAGCUUGAAGUAAUAUUCUAUUUAUAUUCUGAAGAUGAUCUUUCAGACUAGCAUUUGGGACUCUGAGCUCUGUGCAUUCAAAAAUCUGUGAAUUUUUGAUAUUGUUUCCACUCCUAUUAAAUAAGCCCUAAAGAGAGUACUUAACAUUUUUUAUUGUAGUUUGAUCUUUUUGUGUUGUGAUUAUUAUUAUUAUACAUAUUGUAAAGACCUUUGAUAUUUUAUUAAAGAUAAUUCUUGAAUCAUUUGUAUUCCAUUUUGGGGAAAAUUCAUAUAUUAUAUACUGUCAUAGUAUAAUUUUGAUAAAUGUUUUGAUUAAAAAAAUUUUGCACUUGGUAUAUUUUAUUUGCAAUACUAUAUAAUUCCUCAUUGCUUAUUACUUAUAUGUUUGUUUUAUAUCCUAUUUUCUAUACUGUGUCAAAAAUUUUAUUAAUGUGUUACUUCUUAUACCAUUAAUUAAAUUGUGAAUUGUUUUAUGAAUCAAAUAUCAAGUUGCAGAUUUUAAACUUUUACAUACUUUUUGUGAAUUUUGAACUGGCAAUUCAUUACAAAUGCUUAAAUACAGUUGUCUCUUAUUACUAUUAAAAAUAAAUGAUUAAAAUUAUUCAGCACUAUUGUUAUUUCUUAAUAAUUUAAAAAGAGUUUAAGAUUUCAUAUUCUUUAAAUUGUUUUGACCUGUAAGCACAAAAG